CGCAUCAUGAUUACCAGAAGCAUGGCUACACGCUCCAGACAGCAUGGGGUAAACGUGUAUAAACAACAUGCUCUAUAAUAACGUCUUCCACAUCAAAAAAUACCAUUUACGACCAUAAAUCACCUCAGUAGAUAAUGGCACCCAAACAAUCUGCCCGUCACACCCCGGACAUCACGCUCCCAACCUCCUACAACACCCUCCCCUUCACCCAAAUCACCACGCGCCACCACGAAAAAGAGCCCUCAAUCAUCAUCCUUACACUCCACAGACCAGCCAAUCACAAUGCCUUUACCGACGUCAUGCGCGCAGAAAUCGAAUCUGCGUACGGCAUGUUCGACGUAGACGACCGCGUAAAAUGCAUCGUCGUAACAGGAAAUGGGCGGAUAUUCUGUGCAGGUGCAGAUUUAGAUGAUGGGUUCGGGGAUGGCGUGCAUGGUGAGGCGGCUGAAAAGGUGCAGGAGCAUAGGGAUGGAGGCGGACGCGUGACCCUAGCCAUCCAACACUGCCGCAAACCCUCCAUAGCCGCUCUCCAAGGUUCUGCAGUAGGCGUCGGCAUCACCAUGACACUCCCCAUGAAUAUACGCAUAGCGUACGCCAAUGCGAAGAUCGGUUUCGUCUUCGCGCGCCGUGGACUCAUUAUGGAAGCUGUUAGUUCGUUCUUCUUGCCCCGGUUGAUUGGGCAUAGUCGCGCGAUGCAGGCAGUCACGACAGGUAGCACGUAUCUUGCUAGCGACAAGAUCUGGGGUGGUUUGUUUGCAGAGACGUGUGAGAAGGCCGAGCAAGUGCUGCCAAGGGCGCUUGAGGUGGCCGAGGACGUGGUGAGGAACACAAGUAGCGUGAGUACGUAUUUGAUGAAGGAGUUGAUGUAUAGGGAUGUGGGAAGUCCUGAAGGUCAGCAUUUGUUGGAUAGUAGGGUAAUCUAUGAGCUAUUUGGGUCGCCGGAUAACACCGAGGGUGUGAAGUCGUUCAUGGAGAAGAGGCAGGCGAAGUUUACAGGAACGAUGGAUAAUACCAAUGUGACUGGGUAUCCGUGGUGGAUGCCGUUGGACACUUUGAAUAGGCCAAAGGUAGCGCCAACAGGGAGGCCAAAGAUCUAGUCGCAUAUUAGGAUACGAGCCAGCGUACAAAAUGUACCGUUUAGUGUAUUGGCAUGACUUCAUUGUCUAUCGUCCUCAACCCACACAACUGCUGUUCGAUGUCCCUGUCUGGCUCGCCUUCACGCGCGUAGCUAGCCAGCGCCCUGUACUGCAUCACGCGCACCGACGGCUCGAAUGGAGGUAUCAGGGAUUUUCAUUCGUUCCUAGUGUACUUCUUUUCGUGAAGCAUGCAUAACCGAGGGAAACCCAUAUCAUCCCAACCCAUCCAGACCG